AUGGCCAAAUCUACACGCCAGGCCUGGCAAUCGUCGAUGCGCCACAACCCAACACGCCCCUCGGAGGAGGCAAGUCAAUCCGCCAAAAUCUACCAACUCCUAAUUAAUUUCUUAGACAACCUGCAAGUCGCAAUCGACGUGUCUGGCAAUGGCCAAUUACCAUGGCCGGCAUCAACUCAACCCGACUCAUCGACCCGCUUCCACAACAUCACACUCUUUUUAACAUCCGAGUCGCACAACUUUACCAUCUCCAACGGCACAAAGCCCGCGUCUAACACAAGCUAUGUCGGUCCCGUUUUGGACCUGGAGCCCUCAUCCACAGUCAAACAUGUGAAUUGGAUUUGGCCCGAAUGCCUCGUGGGAGACGGCUCUGGCUCAAAGGACUCGGCGCGCGGGGCAUACAAUAUCUCUAUGCACCAAUCUUUCCGCUGGAAUGGGACCGAUUAUUAUACUGUCUUUGACCUGCCGAUCUCUGUCACCAACAGUAUACCCAAGAGUGACGAUGGGAUCGACUGCGAUCUGCUGGAAAACAAGCUUCUUAGCGCGACGGAGAUCGGCAAGAGCUCGGAUUCGCUACCUGGGCAGCCGUGGAUUGAGGGUGGAGUUAGCACGACAGUAUCGAGUCCCGAGGCGACUCAGACAGGGUCGGCUCUCUCUCCCAGCAAUGUCUCAUAUCCUCGAUCAAGGGUUCCUUCCACAUCUCCAGUCAAGUAUGUCAAGAAGAUUAGAUCGCGCACACCGGAACCGACACCAAUCCUCCAACUCCCUCACUUUCCAUGCCGAUUUUGUCCGCCUCCCGACGAGUCCUCCGUCGAGAUACAUCUGAUUCAGCACCGAAUUCAUGAAGCAGAUCACGCUAUCCCCCGACACCGGCCGCAAAAGCAAGAACGAAUAUAUAUCGCAAGCAUCAAUUGGAACAAUGAGCUCGUAUUACGCAGUCACUGGAUCAAGGCACUCACACAGCUGGUCAUGAAGCUUGGUCCGGAAAAUGUAUUCAUCAGCAUCUACGAAAGCGGGAGCUAUGAUAACACGAAAGGCGCAUUGAGGGAACUAGAUUGGGAACUCGAGCGGAUGCGGGUACCACGGAAUAUCACUUUGUCGCCUGUGACACAUGAAGAUGAACUAGCCGCACCCGCGAGGGGUGAAGGCUGGAUUCGCACUCCCGAUGGGAAGAAAAAACUCAGACGAGUGCCGUAUCUAGCGCGGAUACGGAACUUGAGCUUGCUGCCUCUGCAUGAUCUCGCACGGCAGGGUAUCACAUUUGAUAAAAUCCUGUUUCUGAAUGAUGUUGUAUUCACGCCGAACGACGUUCUCGAACUUCUAUAUACUAAAAACGGCGAAUACGGCGCUGCCUGCUCAUUGGAUUUCUCUAAGCCCCCGAAUUAUUAUGACACAUUUGCUCUCCGGGAUAGCGAGGGCCAUGAACCCAUCAUGCAGACAUGGCCCUAUUUUAGCUCUGCGGUAUCGCGACACGCAAUGAAAAAUUUGUCUCCUGUUCCUGUGACGAGUUGUUGGAAUGGCAUGGUGGCGAUGCCCGCAAGUCCAUUCAUCGACAGCCCCCCACUUCGCUUCCGAGGUAUCCCCGAUUCACUGGCGAGCUAUCAUCUUGAAGGCUCUGAAUGCUGUCUCAUCCACACAGACAACCCGCUAUCAGUGGAAAUGGGUGUUUAUGUGAACCCUUUAGUGAGGGUUGGGUAUAGUGGCGCCGCAUAUACAGCUAUUCAUCCGGUGAUGAACUGGCUCUCUGCGAAAGCGAUUCUACAAGGGUUGUGGGUCAAUCGACUACGGCGCCUGGGUGUCACUUCAUGGCUGAAAGAAGAAGUAGUUCGAAGGCGGUUAAACGCCUGGAGAGCCUUGAGUACUAGGAAUGAAGAACGUGGGGACAUUUGCAUCAUCAAUGAGAUGCAAAUUCUGCAUCGAUACGGGUGGGCCCAUGUGUAA